CCCAGCUACUUUGGCAGCGCACAUGCCAGGCCUCUCUUCUAGUUUCAGACAGGGUACACCUCAUGGGGCAAGACUUCAAGCCCCCGUUGCUUACACCUCAGGGCAAUGCCGGGGAUUAAAGGUGCUUAUGCGCGCGAAAGGACUCCAGACGCAAGUAUGUUGUCCGUGAAAAUAAUAAUAUAAAACGGUUUUGCUAAUGUGCAGGUUGCAUGGCCUUGCUGUAGGAAGUUUGUGCAAUUUGAUCAUGAUGCCGGAUUCUCAAGCUGAUUCGCGCGAAAUGUGGCCUGUUGGGGAGCAUGACUCGGAGAAAAGGAGGAGGGUCGUGCUCUAUCCCGUUCAGCAGACUUUGCCUCAUCCGAACCAGAAUGAUUGUAUUCUUGGGGAGAGGCUGGGUCAGAGAGAGAAGAGAAAACAAAAGGAAAAAAGUGGGGAUUCUCUUAGCGACGACCUAAUCUGCUGCGGUCAUCAUCGCGUACGAGUGUGUCGAUGCAAGUCAAAACCCUAGAAUACGACAGAAAGCAGCAAGAAACCACUGUGCGGCCUAUGGAAUCCAAUCCGGGAGAACGAGGCAUAGCCCAGGUGAUGUCUGCGCUGGGCCGACGAAGACGGGCAAGGGCAAAGGCGGGGCGGGAGGGAGGAGCUCGCGGGGCGUCGUUUGGUGGUGGUGUGUGUGUGUGCGCGCGUGAGGGAAUUCGCGCGAACUCAGUUGACGAUGGCCCACCAGCAGCACGUCUGCAGUCGAGCAAAGUAGGAGCGGCGGAAUGUUCUCACCUUCGAAGCACCACCAGCAGCCCAGAGGCGCAGAGGCCCAGGCCCACCAUGAAUCUUACGCUAUCGCUACAUUUUCUCGUGUUCGGCCUGGAGCAAAAGAAGAAAAUAACUAACUCCAUCAAAUCGCUUCACAUCACUCACUGUUCGCAAUGUCCACCAUCAUGACUUCUUCGGCUCCCAUUCAAUGCCCCCAUGUCGAACCAGCUCCAGCCGUCGCGCCAGCCCGGCGCAAUCCAAAUCAACUACAGUCUCUCUCACAGACGAGCAAUUAAUUACGCCUCUCUCCUCUCUCCCCUCCCUUUCGCUGUACGUGGUCAAGGCACGGACCAUGCGCCAGGGUCACGGUGAGGCACGGAUGCGAGCAAGCCGAAGCACAGCACGGCCAGUCGAGCGAGUCCUUUCCUUCCCACACCUCAUCACCUGCUCUGCCCUGCCCUCCCCGCAUCAUCAGGUCGGUGAAUCCGUGCGGGGGCGGGGGAGGCGAAAUCGAAAGCAGCGACCGAGAUCUGUCGACAGGUUCGUUCCAGGCUCGGAGUCGAGGGAGGGAGCUUGAAGCUCACGCAAGUCGAUCCUCGAGUCCAGUCCGGUGACUCCAGUUGCAGCAGUCAGAACUGGAUUUCCAGGUACGUCCCUGAGCCGAGUGACGAUGCAGCGAGUGAGCUAUGUCACAGGCUCGUCACUCGCACUCGCACUCGCACUAGUGGAACGCGGAGUCUGUCCUGUCCUCUUCAGUCCCUCUCUCUCUCGGGCAGCUGCUCCUUCUGUUGGAGUUGACGUGCCCUGCUGGCCCCAGAUUUACAUUCUCGAUUAGUCACUGAAAUACGGAUAUCGACUGCCCAAUUUUCGACUCAAGCAAUCGAUUACAAUUCACAGCUACAUCCGUAUUUCCACGCUUUAUCCGAGCCAUGCUGUGUACAAUUUUCGGUACGCCAUGAAACAGCAGAAAAACG